AUGGCCCCGGUGCUCCCGGACGAUGUCAUAGAGGACAUUUUGGCGCGCUUACCAGCCAAGUCGGCGGUCAGGUGCCGCAGCCUCUCCCACGCCUGGGCCGCCAAGCUCUCCUCGGACCACUUCGUCGACCUCCACCUCCACCUCGCCAACCGCCACGGCGCCCCGAGGAUUCUAAUCCUUCAGGACCCGGUCGAUCCCGACGACGAACCCUCGCCCCACGCCUCGCCACGCAGCAGUGCCGCGGCCUCGUCGUCCUCGAGGCCGGCCACCGGCGCGCGGGUGCACUACGUGUUCAACCCAUCCACCGGCCAAUCAGCGGCGCUCCCCGAGGGCCGCUACACGGGCCGCCGCAGCCUCCGUGUCAAGGUUGAGGAGGACCCCGAUGGCCACCACAAGUACGCGAGGGUAGGGAUCGGCUACGACGCGCGCACCCGGAGGCACAAGGUCGUGCGUGUCUACUACCGCGGCUGUGACACCAAGAAGAAACCCCCGGGGUGUGAAGUCUACGUGGUCAACGGCUCCACGGGGCUCUGGAGGCCGGCGUCUGGUGGCGCGCUGGAGAAACCGGCGGGCUGGGUAAACCAGAAUGACACGAGCGUGUUUGCGCAAGGGCACGUGCAUUGGCUCGCCAAGCGCAACCUCGAUUCCCCGCCUGGAGAAUUGUCCAUCGUCUCCUUCUCUCGGCGACGAGAAGUUUGGGACCGUGUCGCCGCCACUCGCCAUGGACGGGAAUUGUCUCCUUAG